AUGCCGGUAUUCAGUAGUGGAAAGAAAAAAUCAGAUGAAUAUUAUUGUAAAAUCUUUACUAUGGAUGCUGAAUUACAGUUUACUAUUGAAGCAACAGCUAAAGGUAAUACAAUAUUUUCUCUUAUUUGUCAAACAAUUGGCCUUCGAGAACAUUGGUAUUUCGGCGUUAAAUAUAUAGAUAAAUUUUCUAAUGAAUGGAAUUGGCUUCAGUUAAAUCGUACUAUUAUUUCACAACCAAUACAAAUCUCACCUAAAACAUCUGAUUCAACACAUAUAAUAGAUAAUAAUAAUAAACCUCAUCUUCUUCGUUCAUUACCAAUAUCUUCAUCAAUAUCAACAUUAAGUCUAUCAUCUUCUAUAAUCAAUACUACUCAACAAUCUAUUAAGGGCACAAUCGAACUUUAUUUUGUUGUUAAAUUCUAUCCGGAAGAUAUUACUCAUGAACUUAUACAAGAUAUAACUCGACAUCUUUUCUAUCUACAAGUUAAACAAGAUAUUCUUAAUAUGGAUAUUUAUUGUCCACCAGAUACUGCUGCUCAUCUUGCAUCACUUUCGCUUCAAGCAAAGUUUGGUGAUUAUGAUCAAGUUGUAUCUUCAUCGGAAUCAUUAAAUUUAGAAAAUGAAGGUUUGUUACCAUUAUCAUGUUUUCAAAAAAUUGAAUUAUCUCGUUCGGAUUGGUUUGAUCGUAUUAUUGCCUUAUGGCGUACACAUACAUCAUUAACACGAGAAGAAAGUGAAAUGUCAUAUUUAAAACAUGCACAAGAUUUAGAUAUGUUUGGUUUAGCAUUUUUUGAAAUAUCAAAAAUGCAAGGUACUAAUAAAUCAUCUCCACAACAACAAAUUAAAUUAUAUAAUCAACAACAACAACAGUCAGAUCAAUUAUCUAUUGCUGCUGAACUUUGGUUAGGAAUUGAUUCAUUAGGAAUUCGUUUUUAUAAGAAAAAUAAAUUAAGACCCGAAGUUUUCUUUUCCUGGUGUGAUAUCAAAUCAGUUACUGUUCAUGAUAAAAAAGUUGUAUUAUAUCUUGCUAGUGAUAAACAUGCAACAUUUGCAUUCUAUACUGCAAAAUCUUCUAUUAGCAAAGAAAUACUUGACUUAGCAAUGGGUAAUCAUGAAUUGUAUAUAAGACGUCGACAAGAACAAUCCAUUGAAAUUCAACAGAUGAGAUAUUUCGAAGAACAACAGCAAAAAGAAAAAAUGAGAAUAGUGACGAGAGAACGUAGUUUAAGAUUACAAGCAGAAAAACGUCGUGAUGAAAUCGAACAUAAUUUUAUUAAUUAUCAACAACAAAUGAAAGAAAUUCAUCAAACAUUAUUAAAAUAUCAAGAAGUAGCUGAUUUAUUAGCACAUAAAGCUCAAAUAAGUAGUGAAGAAGCUCGAUUACAAGCAGCAAAAGCACUUGAAAUUGAAACACAACUUGAACGAUGUAAAUAUGAAAUGAAUCGAAAUGAAGAAGAAAAACAAUUGUAUGCUCGACAAAUUAAUGGAUGUAAACAAAUCAUAUCAACAUUAGUUAAUGAUUCAGUUCAAAAUAAUCAUUUUUAUUCAUCUCAUUGUAAUGAAUUUAAUCUUCUUUCAUCAACUAUUGAACAGCGUCGCCAAGAAGCUGAUGAAUUAAAAUUAGAACUUGCGAAAUGGCGUGUAGCUGAAGCAGCUGCAAGAGAGAAACUUUUAGCUAUUACACAAGUGAAUCAAUCACUUGCUGUUUCAAAUUCAAUAACAGCUGUUCAAUCAUCAUCAUCAAGACCAAUAAAUUUAUCUCCACCACCUUAUCAGCCAAUAACGAGAAUCGAAGAUUCAAAUCAAAUAAAUGAAAGAAUUCAAUUAAUUGAAAAACAAUCUAAACAAACACAAUUAGAAUUACAAUUACAAGAUUUAAAAAAUAUUAUACAGUCGAAAAAAAUUGAACAACGACAAACAUCAUUAGAUAAAGCAUAUGAAGAAAGUCUAGCAGGAGGUGAUAAUAAAUAUUCAACUAUACAAAAAGCACGUUUAGGUACAACUUUAAGACGUAUGGCUAUGUUACAAGAUUUAUAA